GGCGGAAUAUAAAUAAGAAAUCAACAGCGUAUUACCAAGGAGUUAAUCAUCCAUCCUCGAUUCUCGUCAGGUUUGCACAUGGAUUACUUCUCCGGCAAGCGUUUGUCAAACAAAUUGAAAACAAUAUUUAUCGCUAUUCGGCCUUGGUCAUUCUCUGCUUCAAUCACUAGCACGUUUCUCGGAUAUUUACUCGCGUGGAAAUUCAAUGGUGCAAUCGACUCCAUUCAAGUGCUAUUCACGACAGCUUCAAUUUUGUUCAUUCAUGGCGCUGGGAAUUUAGUGAACACCUACUACGACUUCGCCAAUGGAUUCGAUACCAAAGAUUCUGAUGAUAAAACGCUGGUAAAGAGAGACCUUACUCCCAAAGAAAUUGCCGCUUGUAUUGGGGAGUUUUAUUUCUUGGGAAUGCUAUCGUUUCUUGUGGUUUAUCUCCAUUCAGAGGUAAACAAUAUCUCGUUGGUUUGUCUUUUCUUAAGUGGCGUUCUCAGUUCUUUUGUUUACACCGGAGGGAUUGGUUUGAAAUACAUCGCGUUCGGAGAUGUUCUGAUUUUCUUGACCUUUGGCUUUCUAACGACAGCGUUCGCCUAUUUUGCUCACACUGGAAAAUUGUCAAUGGAGAUAAUUAGCUACGCUUUACCGAUGGCACUAAACACAGAAGCUAUACUUCAUGGGUGAGUGCAAAAUUAGCUCAGCGUAAUUGAUAGUGAUUCCCACAUUAAGUAUCAAACGAAGGAGCUUCAUUCCGCCCCCCUCCUCUCCAAAUUUGUUUAGUUUUUUUUUCUUUUUUUUGGAAAAUUGAAAUAUUUUGGAUUUAUACCGUGAUCUUGGGUAGACUUUCACAUAUCGGAAUCCAUUGUUUUCAAUCUACAUUGUUACAGCUGUAUUCAUGUCCAACAUCUACUAUUUGAGAUUCCGGUAUACGAAACACAACCCGAUAUCUUUUAUUCAGCAACGAAUACCGGGCGAUGGUUUGUGGACUGUGGACUUAGGACAAAGGACCGAGGGCCAGGUAUAAUAAGCCAGUUUGGAAUAGACCUUAUUUACGAUACCUGCCAUCUUUGCACGUGCUCUAGGAUCGAUGGGAUAAAAGCUAUGUGUAUGUCACAUGGCAUUUCAGGGGGCAAACGAGUGAUAAAAUUUUCCAAUACGAGCAAUUGCGGUCGAGUUUAUGUAUUCUGUCAAAACAAGACGACGAUUUCAUAGUCGUGCAAAAUGUACCUAUCAAGUUUUGGCAAGAUUUACGUCAUUACUGUUUGCCAUGAGGACAUCUACCGUCGGUACUGCAUACAAAAAAGUAGCAAUGAUCACUUCCACCCAUAUUUUGACAUUAUCAUCUUUAAAGAGACACAGUCAGCUACGUGACUGCACUGACCUGGACACUAUUUUUGCCAGUUUGAAAAGCAUUUACCUCAACCCAAAAUCAAAUCUAUGCAUCGCAUACAUCUAGAAAUCCGCUUCAAUCCUGCCUAGUGUUUCAUUCGAUCUUCAAUCUUUUACUGAAAAUCUCUUUCUGAGCAAACUUUUACUCAUCCUAUUACAUUAUUUUAUCAUAUUUGGUUAAAAACUGAGUAUUCAAAGGAACAUGAACAGAAGUGGUGAGAAACGCGUAGGUGCCAGGCAGGAGAAAUCGCCUUUGUUUACCAAAAUAACAAGAGAAAUGAAUCAGUUAAAAAUUGAUGAGCAAAUAAUUGCUAUAUAUAUUUGGAAAAUCAAUGGAGGUUCAUAUAUAUUUUUAUAUAUUAAGAAAAUCAUGCUUUCUCGACCAUGAACCUUCGACAAUGAUUCAGACUUUGUGCAAUUUCUCACCUCCAAUGAUGUUCGAAUUCGGAAGUAUUCAUCUAUGUUUAUUGCUUUCCCUGGAAAAAUCCAUCUGCAAAUUCUCAAUGGUAUAUAAAAAUGAGUGCUCUGAUAUGGCUUAGGACCUACAAUCACGAUUUCGGCUUGUAACUAGUUCAACUCUUUAGGGUUUGUUUAGAGUAUUCUGGAUAUGCCUUUGUUUUACACGCAUCUUGUGACAUGCAAAUCAGCUAAGAUGUGGUAUCUAAUGUACAUGUGCCUCAGCUGACUGUGUCCCUUUAAGAUGAAAAGGUCUCUAUUUCCUGCUGUUUAGAAUAAAUGAACUUGACUGCGAUUUCUUCUACUGGCAAUUUUUUUCGCUUGUUUGCCCCCUGAGAAACCACGCGACAUUGCUUUUAUUGAAUCAGUGCUUAAACAGGUGCAAAAAUGGCAGGUAUAGUGGAUACAUUGUUAAACAAUACACACUUGGCUGUGAUGGGAAUGUUAAAUUAUCCUUGAAUGCCAAUUUUAUGGUAUUUCUUUUGUUUUCAACCCUUCUACCCUCAGCCUUGGAGCCAAGUAUGAAUUUUAAAAAUUCAUUAUAUAGCCUGCAUAGGAUGAAGUCACAUUUUUUGGUGUGUUUUUUCAAUUCUGUUUCAUAAUAUAAGAGGUCAAACAAAAAAAUAUUUGGGGGAUGGGGACAAGAUAAGGAAGGUAGAGAGAACAUCAGCGUGAUGUCAGACAACCCCAUGAGAUUUUUGAAAUCCCCUCUCCAGUUGCAUGUGGCUCUCGUUUGGUGUGACAUGUUUCCCCACUAACAUUUUAAGUUUGACAGCUGUGAAAGCAAACUGUUGUGCCAAAGGUUAAAGUUGUUUAUGUUUAAAAUCAGCGCACUCAACUCAUUUUUUAGGGAUGUCUUUCAUUGAUUGGGAAGAAAUUUCAUUAUUGGAUUCAAAAUUCCACUUUCAAAUCAAAGACUGAAAUUGUCUAUUUAAAAUGAAUGUUGAUUACUGUCUCAUGGUAGUUAAAAUACAAAGGCAAAAAAAUCAUAUGCAACUGACAAAACUGUUUACAACAGCUGUUCACUUAAUUUACAUAACAGAUUUUUUUCCCUUUACUUUCACGAAUAUUUCUCAUUCAGAAACAGAACGAUUGAUUGCUUUUAAGAAUUAGUCUUUUGGAGUUUUAGAACUGCAAAACUUAGUAUUGCUGUCUAAAAACACUUGCAAUAAUAUUUUGUUGAACAAAACAAGUCAGAUGCUUCAAGCUGCUAAAGAGUUGCUUACUUUGCAAGUGUUUUGUAGAAAAAAAAUUCUGAUAGCCUGCGUAGCAGGCGCUAGGAAAUAAAUACUCGUAUUUUGCCUGUUUUACUGCAUGCUUAACUACUGAUGAAAGUGCCUGGUCAGACGACAGCUAAUUUUCCUCAAAAACUCAUGCCAUAGACAUAACUUAAGUUUUCCAAAAUCAGUGCCAGACUUUAGACUAGUUUUUAUGGAUAAUUUAACCUUAAGUAACCAUGAGAUCUUAACAUUAAGUAAGCUUACAAUUUCAUUCUUCCAGUUCUUAGGAGCCUUGAUUAUAAUAAGUGUAUUUACAAGAUUAAAGUAAAAAACUUUACAGAAAUUUACCAUUUCCCUGUCUAUAUUGUAUGAUAUGCACUGAGAAGUGGAACUGUUUGACAUCAGCUGAAAAUAUAUUAAAUUGUAACACUAAAGGAUUUCAUCCCUGGAAUUAAAAAGUUAGAACUCCAUACUAAAUAAAUAGUACCAUGUGAAAUACUGCUUAAGAGGUUUCAUUUGAAUGAUAACACAAUAGGAUUUCAUCCAUACACUCAAAAGUUUGAUUUGCCUUUAACUUCUCCAUUCACUGUAGGAGUUAAAAAGUUAUGUGAGGUGUAUACAAUCGGCAACAAACUUUUGCCCUGAAGGGGCUUUCUGAUGUUUUACUGACUUCAAAAGGGAAAAAUAAAGCUUUUCCUACCCCAUCCUCUCCAUGCAAUGUUGUGCUGCUGUGCGAGCUACGUAUAGAAAACAACAAACGCCCCAACUUUGAAUGGAGGGGAGGGGGACCCAAUUUGAGUUCAAUGUCUCAACAAUUUUGUUGCUGAUUGUAGGUACGUGUAAGGCUAAAAGGUGUGGUUUGAUGGUUCCUUUUUGUCCAAAAUUGAUUAUAGAGUUCAGUCAUGUCCAUCUAAAAUGGGGUAAGGUUUUGUACUUUCUGGAAUUGGCUGGUGUUUCUUUUUUUUAAAUUUUUACAAAAAAUGAUUUGUCUUAUGUGAACAACAAUUUUGGUUUGAGAUAGGGUAGGGAAAUCAUGUAUUUUGGUCUGAAAUAGAGUAGAUCUUCUUGGUAGAGUAAGAAAAAUGUUAGGAGAUAAUGUGAAAUUUUGAGGAGGUCACAUCAUGUGACAAAAAUGUCUGUUAUUGAUUUAUGUAGCAGAUUAUAUGAUGUCUGUGAUUUCUUUAGUGAUUAUUAGCUAUAGAAAGCUUAAAUUCAUUGGAUUUGCAACAAAAUCAGAACAUCUGAGAGAUUCUGCCUGACGUUUUAAAGAUAAUUUAGCUUAAUUUAGCCUUGAAUUAGCAUACCAGUUUGUUAUUUUGGUGCAGAUUGUGCAAUGUUUUUGUUAUUUAUUAUGAAAUUUCUUAUGGGUUAUGGCAUCAGAUGUGAUUUGAGAUCAGUCUUGAAAAAUCACACCAUUAUAUAAUGUCAGCCUUAGCCCUAAUAAUGUAAGGGUGUGAGUUGAAAGUCCUUAUUUAUGAGUGCCUCUAGAGGUCUCUAGAGGGCAUUAACCCUUUAAGUUCUAAGAGUGAUCAGCAUCAAAUUUCUCCUUGUAAUAUAAUGCUUUGUAAAACAGAGCGGUCAUGAGAAUUACAGACAUGAUCACACAAGAUGAAUUUGCUUGACAUUUUAUCAACUUCUCCCCACUACUUUUGUAGGAAAUGAAUGGGGGCAACAAAUGAGAAUUCCAACUUCGAUCUCAAGGUGUAAAGGGUUAAUAAACGUUUUUAUUCAGUCUGCUAGUCCUUGCUAUUAAAAUGAAUAAUUAUUUUAAUGUUCAGUUUAGAAAAAAAACUAUUGCUUUUGAACUGUUUUUUAUCGCAAAAUCAUGUACUUAUGCUCUCUCUUUCUUCAGGAACAACACACGUGACCUUGAAAGUGACAAGUCAGCUGGGGGUAUUACAUUAGCUAUUUUGCUGGUAAAGAGUACCGUAUGUAUUCUCUAUUGCCUACUGUUGAUGAUCCCGUAUGCUGUGCUUGGCAUCCUAGCCUUCAAUUCUUCUUGGACGUUGCUUCUUCCCUUGGUAACAGUCCCACUUGCCGUUGGUCUCUCGAUUAGCCCUAAUAAUGUAAGGGUGUGAGUUGAAAGUCCUUAUUUAUGAGUGCCUCUAGAGGUCUCUAGAGGGCAUUAACCCUUUAAGUUCUAAGAGUGAUCAGCAUCAAAUUUCUCCUUGUAAUAUAGUGCUUUGUAAAACAGAGUGGUCAUGAGAAUUACAGACAUGAUCACACAAGAUGAAUUUGCUUGAUAUUUUAUCAACUUCUCCCCACUACUUUUGUAGGAAAUGAAUAGCAGGAACAAAUGAGAAUUCAAAUUUUGAUCGUAGGGUUUAAAGGGUUAAUAAACGUUUUUAUUCAGUCUGUUAGUCCUUGCUAUUAAAAUGAAUUUUAAUGCUCAGUUCAGAAAAAAAAAAACCUAUUGCAUUUGAACUUUUUUUAUCGCAAAAUCAUUUGCUUAUGCUCUCUCUUUCUUCAGGAACAACACACGUGACCUUGAAAGUGACAAGUCAGCUGGGGGUAUUACAUUAGCUAUUUUGCUGGGAAAGAGAAACGCAUGUAUUCUCUAUUGUCUACUGUUGAUGAUCCCGUAUGCUGUGCUUGGUUUCCUGGCCUUCAAUUCUUCUUGGACGUUGCUUCUUCCCUUGGUAACAGUCCCACUUGCCGUUGGUCUCUCGGCCAAAUGUUUCCGCGGUGAUCUGGUGUUGAUUCCACAAGGCACUGCUCAGUUAAAUCUUUUAUUUGGCUUCCUUUACCUAACUGGAUUGGCUCUUGCACCUUGACAAAGCUCAUUUACCGACAGUAAAUGUUCACCUCAAUAGAUGGAAAAAGUGUGACGGCACGUUACCGUGGUAGUAAAAAUUUCUGGAUCACAGCAAUCGUUCUUGUCAGAGACGGCCAUUUGCAUUGUCAGACGAUGGAAGAAAAGUGUGGGCUACCUUUUUGCUCCUGAGUGUAAUCCUGUAAAGGAAAGUCAUGUAUCUCCAUUUUUUUCUGCCAUAUUUGCAGGGCAACGGUUUGUUAAGAUCCAGAAAUU